CCAGACAUCAACAUUUUAUUGUUUAUUGAUUGUUGAUACAAAUUUUUGUGAUUUGUAACCACAAGUAGGCAGUUAUGUGCUAUUUUAGCAUAGUAACAGUAUUGUUUAUUCAUUUAUAAACAAGGUAACAGUCAGUAAAUCGACUAAUAACAAAAAAUCUUGAAAAAUGAGCCCUUAAUUAAAAAUUCAUCUUCCUGUACACUACCAGAUAUGCAGGCUCCCAAUCUAAGCAUGGCUAGAGUUCUAAGUCCUGAAGGUGCUGUUACAAAGGUAUUUCCUACACGUGAUGAACUAAGUACAGUAGAGUGUCACUUACCAUGCACCGAAGAAGGGUGCACGAAAAUUUUUACAUCGCGGUCCAAUUUAAAUUUCCACCUAGAAAGGAUCCAUCAGCAACAGUUGAUGAAAGACUCCAGUUUAAAAGAGUACCAUUGCCCUGACGAUGAAUGCGUUUUUAAUGAAGAAAAACACUUCAAAUCACUCAAACUACUCAAGCAGCAUUAUUUGAAGGUUCAUUCUGAGAAACAGUUCAUGUGUGAAAUGUGCACCAAGGGUUUUCCAACACUUUCAUCCAGGAACCGACAUACCAAAUAUUGUGGGAUUAAAUUUAAAUGCUGCGACUGUAGUGUUGCUUAUUUAUCAUAUGAAUCUCUACUAACCCAUGGCAGACGAAAGAAGCAUAGGGUUCUCGAAAAAACCGCUUAUAACCCAACUGCUGUACAGUCCUCGGGCCAGUUAGACCAGAAUUCAUCAAGAAAAGAAGUAUUCAUUGUUCCUAAAUUCGGCACAAGCCUAUCUCUCAUCGUUAUGUCGACCUUGCCCAAUCCAACCAUGGAAAAGAGCAGUCAAACUGAGCAGAAUAUUUCGUCUCCAACAGUAAAGACUAAGCAAACGCAAGUGGUGAAGCGCACAUCUCAAGAGUCACAAACUUUAGAAAUGAGAAGAACGCACUCUUCGGCUGAAACACAAACAAUCGGCGAUUGUGUAACUAAAAAACUGAAACUGUCCACCUCUGAUGUCAACCUAAACAGAGAUGGAAUUGUGCACAAAAAUAUUGAAACCCAAACUAAACCUCCAGCUUUGAAUUCGCAAUCUUGUAAUACUUCAUUUGAAUUGGACGACGACUUUAUCACCAACCCACUGGUGCAGAAGAGCAACUCCUGCACUCAAACAUCUGUGGAAUCAUUGUAUUCGAUUUCAACAGCCACCCACGACUCCAUCCACACUGACACAUCGGAUUUGAACUUCGAAUUCAUGAACUCCAGCUCCCAAACUUGUUUUAACGAAGACAUGUCUGUUUUUCACUCCUCAAACUACUUCAACUGCAACAUGGAAACCCAAACGGAUAUAUUCGACAUGUUUAACUACAACACUAAUUCGGAGUGUGUGGAUUGUUUGGACGAUGACUUGGAGCACUACUGUCCUAAGGACUAUGACGAUAUUAUACUUAAUACUAUCCACACGCAGACAGUGUUCGAUGAUGUAGCCAGAUCCGUCGAAAGUCAGACCGUUAUGUCCCACACAAAAACCAAAAGUACAGUCGCGAAUACAGAAACUCAGACAGACAUCAACUUCCAAAAGCUCUUGGAAGAAAUAAAUGCUUGACUGUAGUUGAGCUUUUUGUGUUCAUUCGAAUUAUUUUUUUUUAACGUAUUGUACUGUAAUUUGUUUGAUUUGUACUUAUUUUAUAAAUACAGAUAUUCUUUUCUA